UCAUAUUUGUUAAAACUGCCUGACUGAAUCUGACAAAAAAAAACUUGGUAAAAAAAAUCUCAGACUCCAUUUUGUAUUUUUAAUUAGACGUGGAAAAGCAACCAAUCAGAGGCUGUGUUAGUCAUUUGCAGUUCGCUUGUGCCACGCCCCCCCCAGCUGUUUCAGGGACUUUGCUGAAACAAUUGCGGAAUAUCCAACUUUAGUUAUCAACCAAAGUUAAAGAGGUAUCAGUUUUAAAAUUGAAAACAAGUAUGAGUACUUCUCACCAUUUUGUUAAUUAUUUCCUUACAGUUGACAAAAUCCUGGCAGAUGCAUGAUGGAAGAAUCCCACGACCAGCAGGUCCCUCACGUUUUUGCCAAAAAGACGGUGAAAAAGAGGAGAAUUUGUGAGAGGUCAUCAAACGUCAGGAGAAAGUUGAUUAAGUCCAACCUGUCGGUGGACACUGAAGCUCAAGUUCCCGACAAUGACGAGCAGUUCGUCCCAGACUUCCAGACUGAAAACUUGGCGUUUCACGGCCUGCAGCUGAAGAUCAAGAGGGAGCUGCACAGUCCGUGUUCCGAGCUGAGCUCCACCUGCAGCCAAGAGCGGCCCUUCAAGCUCCAGUAUGGAGAGAAGUGCCUGUACAACGUCAGUGCCUACGAGCAGAAGCAGCACGCAGGCAUGAAACCCUCCAGCCCAGUGACGCCCCCCUGUAGCACCCCCGUGUCCCCACUUCAUCAUGGCACACCCACGCCCAAACCCGAGCGGACCUACGCCCACGCUCCGCCCUCCUUACCCGAUGCCGCCUACGCCAUGGACCACAGAUUCCGCCGUCAGCUCUCCGAGCCGUGCCACUCCUUCCCAUCCCCGCCGACCAUGUCCCGGGACGUGCGGCCUCUGUACCAGCGGCAGAUGUCUGAGCCCAGCAUUCCCUUCCCUCCUCAAGGCUUUAAGCAAGAGUACCCCGACCCGCUGUUUGAACCCCAUCCCGCCAUGAUGGGAGCGCCGCUGCCCCACAUGUACCCCGCCGCCAUGAUGAUCAAGCAGGAGCCCCGCGACUUCAACUACGACUCAGCGGAAGUGCCCAGUUGCCAUUCGGUUUACCUGCGCCAAGAUGGCUACCUGGCACACGCCAACCGGACUGAAGGUUGCAUGUUUGACAAAGUUGCCAGGCACUUUUACGACGACACCUGCGUGGUGCCCGAAAAAGCGGAAGGCGAGAUCAAGCAGGAGGCUGGACUGUACCGCGAGGGUCCAUCCUACCAGCGACGAGGAUCUCUUCAGCUGUGGCAGUUCUUGGUGGCGCUGCUGGACGACCCGUCCAACUCGCACUUCAUCGCCUGGACGGGCCGUGGCAUGGAGUUCAAGCUCAUCGAACCUGAGGAGGUGGCACGCCGAUGGGGCAUCCAGAAGAACCGACCGGCCAUGAACUACGACAAGUUGAGUCGAUCGCUGCGCUACUACUACGAGAAGGGAAUCAUGCAGAAAGUGGCGGGCGAGAGAUACGUGUACAAAUUUGUGUGCGAUCCGGAGGCCUUGUUCUCCAUGGCCUUUCCCGACAACCAGCGUCCGGUCCUGAAGAGCGACGUGGAGCGUCACGUCAACGAAGAGGACACCGUGCCCCUGUCGCACUUUGACGAGAGCGCCCCCUACUCCCAGGAGACGCCCUACUGCCAGCCGCACCCGUACAGCGAGGCCUACGUCUACUAGACCGCAGGGACAAAGAGAAAAACAUCCUACCUUAAACUUGUUUGACAUUUUAGGGCCGUCCUCAAGAAUCAUCGAAUUGACACGCCUACCAAAUUUCAUGCUGCUCAAUGACAUUGGCUGAAUUUGAAGAAAAUUCAUUCAAAAUAAAUUUUAAAAAAAUCACCAAAUGCCGUCAUGUACGCGAAGCAUGAUGUCAAAGUUUAAAAAAUGAUUUUGAGGAUCCUUCAUCCAAAAAAUAGGGCGCAAGGGCUCAGUAAUUAUUAUCCUUGUUAUAAUUAUUAUCAUCAACAUGAUUUUGUUGACGUGCACUUUAUGGACCCUGACGGCUCUUUGGCGUACUUUAUGUUUAUAGCUUAAGUGUUUUUUUUUUGUUUUUUUUUAAAAAGAAAAUUAAGAUGACAACUUUCCAGCAUGCCUCACCUCAGAGAGACUCGACUCCCCGUGACCAGGACAAACUUUGAUUCUGUAUUUUGGGGGAUUUUAGCAAAGCUACAUCCUUCUUGUGUGCUCAUUUCAAGAGAACAUGAGCGCCAAUGUGACUUUCUGGAGACGUCAAAAGGAUCAAAGACGUUCUGGAGAAAAAAAAAACCAAUCCGAAGUGAUGAACUCAUGGACGUCAACGAAAUGACCGGACACUUGAUUAGGAACCCCCCCCCCCCCCCCCCUCCAGAACAUACAUCCUACUCUUUCCAAGGUUUUGACCCUCUCGUGUAUCUUAUGAUAAAUAUCUGUCAACCACAAUAAUAAACGUACUGUUCAAUGAA